AUGAUGUCAAGUCGUUCAAGUUCAACUCCAACGGUUGCCACAUAUUUUAGUUCAGCUGAGCAACGUGAACCAUCGUCAUCUGUUGUAUUUCGACGACGAUCAGUUAAACAACCAUCGUAUAGUCGACCAACGUCCAUAGGUACAUCCGGUCUCGGUGAUUCUAGUUCAAAUAUUGUCGAUUUAGAAUGGGAUAAAUCUGAUUUUACACGUCAUAUAGCUGAAACUGAUGCUCUGUCCUGUUAUGAUGUGAAUGAAAUGGCUGAAAUAUUACGGAAUCGUUUUUUAGAAUUUGAUAUGCAAUCACAAGCAUCUUUUAGUGGAGGUUAUCCAUCUCUUGGCGGAGGUGGUGGUGGACAUGCUACACCUGAUCGUCUAUCACAAAUAAGUGAUUCAUCUUAUUUACAAUUAUUAAAUACUGAAACAGCUCAACAUCAGCAACCAGAUAUUCUUGAAAAUGAUCCUUAUUUAAAAUAUGCCAGUUUUACCAUUGAUGAACUAUUAAAAAUAAAACGUUUAGCUCUUAUGUCUCAUAAUCGAAUGACAUUUGAUGUUGAUUCACUUUAUGCUCCACAACAUUUACAAUUUCCAUUUUCUUCACAACCAAAUUUUCAUCAUAGUAUGCCAGAUUUAAGACAACAUGAAAAUAUUACAAUACCAUUAAAGUCCAAACAUUUAUCUCUAAUGGAUAUGAAAUCAUUUGAAUGGACAUAUUUAAAAGAAACAUCUGAGAAUGCCGUUAUUAAACGUAUAUUAAGUGCUAAAAAUUCUAUUAGUAUGUCAACAUCAUCAGCUGUUCAAACUGUAAACCAAAAAGAACAACAACAAUCUCGACAACAUGGAAGUAGUGUUAAUUUUAGUCGUUUAUCAAGAUUGGCAAUGUUUCGUAUUUAUAUAGAAAAAUUACGUGAUAAAGUCUAUUUGAUGGUCUAUGAAACAUUUCAAGCACCACCAACAACAACAAACAGAAAUCCACUAUCAACAACAAAUUCAACUAAUACGAGUCGUAUGCCAGUAAUUACUGAAGAAACAAUUGAAUCAUAUGACAUUAUUGAUGAUGACAUGUAA